AUGGCUGAGGUAGUCGCGGAGAUCGUCGCCAACGCCUGCCAUCUAGAGCAAGAGAAGGCCACGCAUAUAGAGACCCUCUUAUCGCGAUUUGACAGCCUGUCAGCUGCAGAACAAGACCAGGAACGGGCCUCUUACGUUGCUGCCGUCUUCCCCCUGUUCUUUGGCGCAGCUGCCGUCGUGCACGGGUCCAAUGGCUAUGAGCCGCAGCGUAUAGUUCCCUGGUCUACCAACUGCUGGCUUCAACCUCGGGUAAUUGUCCGUCCCGGAUCUGCCCAACAAGUUGCAGCUGCGCUGGCGCUGUGCCGCUUUUUCCACGUCAAGUUCUCCAUCCGGGGUGGGGGCCAUUUGCAGAUUCCGGGCUUCACCAGCAACCAGGACGGCGUGGUCAUUUCCCUCGGAGCAUUUGACCAAGUCCGUGUGGCUGAAGAUAAAUCCACGGCAGAAAUUGGCGUCGGAUUGAGAUGGUUGGAAGUGUAUCGCGCUCUUGAAGAGCACGGAGUGGCGGUUGCAGGAGGAAGAGUGCCUACCGUGGGGGUUUCCGGCUUGUUGCUCGGCGGCGGCAUCUCCUUCCAGAAUAGUCAGUAUGGCGUCGGUGCCAUGGGUGUCUGCAACUACGAAGUCGUUCUCGCCAAUUCCCAGAUCAUAAAUGCCAAUGCCCGCGAAAACUCCGAUCUAUUCUGGGCCCUCAAGGGUGGCGGGCCCAACUUCGGAAUUGUCACUAAGAUCGAAAUGAACACUAUCCCCAACCAGAUAUGGACCGAAGUUCGCAUCUACCCCCUCACGGCAGCUGACCAACUGCGCGCCGCUCUAAUGCAAUACCACGAGGCCAUUGAAACAGACAACAGGGCAUCUCUCAUCUGGAACGCCACAAACGACAUCAUUCUCAUCGUCUAUUUCUACUGCGCGCCCGUCGAGAAUCCUCCCGUCUUCCAGGCCUUCUAUGACAUUCCUUUUCUCACUAGCUUCGUACCCCCGGGAAUCCGCACCGUUUACGAUCUAGUUCAGGCCGUGGCGUCCGUGAAUGAAGCCGAGCCUACUGUCCACGAAUUCCGCACCAUGUCCAGCCGUCCCAGUCUAGAAGUCUACAAAGCCAUCGAACAAGCUCAUGCUGAGCAAGCCGAAGCUCUCAAGGACGUAGAAGGCAUCGCCCUAACAACCGUCAUUCAGCCCAUGUCCUCGCUAGCCAUGAGAGAAACGCUCAAGAAUGGCGGAACUCCUCUAGGUUUGGAGCCCGUUGGACAGCAGUGGUUCCUCGCCCGAGCAGACUGGAAGAAUAUUCAAGAUGAGGAUCGCGUGCGCGAGGCAGUGCGCAAAAUCGUGGAUGCGGCGGAAUCCGCGGCAAAGCAAACGGGCGUGUAUCUCCCCUACAAGUAUUCGAACUAUGCGGCGUGGGAUCAGGAUCCGUUGGCGAGCUAUGGUGGGGAGAACGUGAGACGGUUGAAGGAGGUAGCGAGGAAGUAUGAUCCCGAGGGGGUCUUUCAGACUUUGCAGAAUGGAGACAGCUAUGUAGGUAGGCGAUAUAUUGUACAUAUACAUCAGUAA